AGUUUGAUUGCAUAUUUUCGAUUUAGUUGCGUUCAGCGUUCAAAAGUGGCGUGUACACCGUGUGCGUUGCGGCGAAAAGAAAAAUUCGGAAAGUGAAAUUUACAAGGAAACUAAUUUCGUUAAACCUUAACACGACACAUUGGUCAAAAGUCGUUUUUUGUAACGAUUUUCAAAAUUGUGCAUAUAUUUUGGAAUUACCAAUCUUAAUUCGAAAUGCGUUAUCAGGACAUUGUGAUCGGCAUUAUUGUCGCCUGCUUGAUGUACUUCAUUUGUGUUGAUGCCAAAACGGUAUUUCGACGUGCAGACAAAAUUUCCCAUCCUUUCCAACGUCUAAAUUUACCACCUGAAGAAAUCGAUCCCAAUGUAGCGCCACUUGAGCCACAACACAUCGAGCCGCUCAAUUCGGAUGACAUUUCCGGUCCAGGCACCGAUGAAUCCACACAAUUUGCCGAUGAGGUAGUCGAUCAGGCUGAUGAAGUAGCAGCAGCCGCUGCAGCAGCGACUAAUGAAGUUGCGAAUGAAGCUACAAACGAGAUAGUAGAUGCGAUCACCACUGCACCUGCGGUUGCUACACCAGCCGUAGCCCCAGCCGCUGCACCAGCCGCCGCGUCCAGCAGUUCGGCUGCCAGCGCAGCUGUGACUGAGGCAACCACUGUACAGAAUCAAGAUGAUCUCAGCCCAAUCAGCAAAUACUGUAAAUGUACCGAUGAUCAUUGCGAUUGCUGCCGGCAAUUCAAUUUGCCAAUAAUACCAGUGCGUGGUCCCGGUUGUGCCAGAAUCACCUAUUUGGGCAAUGAGCGCAUGUCGGUGUCAAUCAAAUAUGGUGAUAUCACAUUGGCGACACGUACCAUUUCAGGCAAGCGCGCUAAGCCUAUCUGCGUAGGUUUACCCGGUGGCUUCUCUAAAUUCUGCGGACGUGUUUAUGGUCUAUCCAGAGCCAAGAAUGACUUUAAGGCUUGCUUGGGAUUCGAACUGCGCGCCGAAGAUGAAGUAGAGGCAGCUUUGCGUGUUUCUUGCUUUAAAUUUGGACCCGAAGGUUUGAGAGUUGCUGAAGCGGAACCAUUACCCGUUGAGGUGAACAAAGAAGAAGAUGAUGAUGACAUUUUCGGUUUCGGAGCUGGUGGCGAUGACGAUGAAGAUGACGAUUAUGAUGAUGAAGCUGAAGAGGCUGAUGAGGAAGACGACGAAACCGAUGAAGAUGAUGAUGCCGAAGAGAACGAUGAUGAUGACACUGAGGCACCUGCCGAUGCUGAUUAUGGUGGUUUUAGCUUAGCCGGUUUACUUGAUGAAUUGGAGGAUGAUGAUGAAGAGAAACCCGUCGCGGCUGUAACACCUGCAGCAGCCAUUGCGCCCGCUUCACGCGUUGCAGAGCGUAAAGAUGAUGCGCAAGGUAAAGAGGACAAUGGUGCUGAAGCGGCGGUAGAAUCCGUUGCCGAAGAUGGUGCUGAGACGCCCGAACCUGCGGCCGCUGAUGCUACCACAGUGAAAUCGAAGAAGAAGUCCAAAAAGGCGCGCAAACAAAAGAAGAAGAAGGCCGCUUCGACGGGUGAAAAUGAUUUCGCUCUAGAAAUUUUGAAUGGCAUACUGGAUUUUUUCAACUGAGCCUGCAAACCGGUCUUGCAGGCAUGUAUGGCAAUAGUGUAAAUACGGUUUAUUGAAGCGCACCCAUCAUCACGGUCGCUAUAAAGUAAAACAAAGUUAGGUUAGGCGAAAAGUAAUUAUUUAUUUAAUUUAUUGUAUGUUAAAGACAUAAUUAUGUAUUUAGUAAGUAAUGCGAUGUAUCCGUAAGUGAAAAUUUGAAAAAGUUAUCGAACGAAUAAAACGAGUUGAAAUUG